AGAUUAAAGACAUGGACUCAGAACAAAUCCAUGUCGCUGCCCUGGGUCGACCUUUCGCAUUAGGGAUGCUGUAUGAUGCUCGACUAGAUCAACUGAUCACAGACUUCACCCUGUGGGACAGAGAAACUAUAAAAAAAUUCACAACAAGAAAGACCCAGAACAGCAGUCAUUAUGAAACUAUUGCUUCAGACACUAUUGCAGCCAAGACUUCCCUGCUAAAGGCUGAUGAAUCUCUCACAGCCAGUGUUCUGAGUGGUCUAAUUGAUAUUGGAGCAUCUGCCAACUAUCUGAAUGAUAAGAAAGAGUACAAGAACCAGAGCAGAGUCAUCCUUCACUACAAAGCAACAACAGCGUAUGAACGACUGGACAUGAACCACCAAGAUGCCAAGAAACUGCAAGCAAGAGAUGUCAUCAAAUAUAGCCAUGCAACACAUGUUGUCACAGGCAUCCUUUAUGGCGCGAAUGCCUUCUUUGUGUUUGACAGUGAAAGGUUAGACAGUAGCAGUCUGCUCAGCAUGGAGGGAAGCAUGCAAAGCUUGAUAAAGAAGAUCCCAAAGCUGGAUCCUGAAGGAAACAUGGUCAGAAAUCUCAAAGAGGCAGAAACAAAUGUCAUGGAAAAAGUCUCCUGUAAAUUUUAUGGAGAUUUCAUUCUGGAAAGGAAUCCUACAACAUUUGAAGAAGCAGCAGAUACCUACAGAAACCUUCCAGGGCUUCUUGGAAAAGAUGGAGAGAAAUCUGUUCCUGUUAAAAUCUGGCUGUCUCCUCUGAAGAACCUGGAUUCUGCUGCAGCUCAGCUGAAGGGAAGCAUUUCUGAUGUUGUACUCAGAAAAGCUGAAAAUGUUUGGGAAGGUAUUAGAGAAAUACAAAUGCGAUGCAAUGAAUCACUGGAAGGAGACGUAGUGAAGACUUUUCCACAAUUACACAAUAAGUUAAAAUCUUUCCAGGAUCUCUGUGCAGAUUACAUGAAAACCAUCCAACAGACCAUGCAGGAGAAAAUUCCCCUUAUUCGUGAAGGGGAAGAGGAAGAAGAGGAAUCAUUAGAAAACUUCCUAGAUGAGCAGGAAAACUCUCCAUUCAGCAAGAAAAACUUAAACAUGUGGCUUGAUAAUUUAGACAGAGAAAUCAACGUCAUUGCCUCCUGUUUGAACAUAAUGAAGGGAAUCAAGAUCAUCCCAGAGAAGUCAGACUUGGAUAGAGAAGUCUUGAGUGUAGAAAACGCCCUCUGCUUUGUUUUUACCUCGAUUGAAAUGAGUGACGCCUACAUGGACCAGAUGGCCAGUUAUUUUAAAGAAACUCCAAACUUUGUUACUCUACCUGCCAAAGACCAGUGGUUCUUCUCAGAUGAGGUCUUAGAAAACAUCAAAGAGAACGCAAACAUGAUUUCGGAAACAGCUAAAGGCCUUAGGAGUAGCAGCAGAUUUCAUUUUCUUGUAGCAGCACUGCCAAAUGAGGAGUUCACAGGAGCAACUAUCUACCAUUACAGGAAAGGAGUGCUGAAAACCAAAGACUUUACAAAACCUGCCAUUCAUCGAGUGAGAAAUGUAACGGAUAAACAAGAUCUAAUGUGGUACUCUUGUGAUCUCACUUUGGACCCAGAAACUGUGAAUGGCCACCUCACUCUCUCUGCAGGAGACAAAAAGGCCACAUGUGGACCACGAGAAAAGUAUUCUAAAACAGAGAAGAGAUUUGAUUCGUAUCCCCAAGUUCUCUGCAGGGAACGUCUUACAGGCUGUCAUUACUUUGAAGUAAUCUGGAGCAGUGAAAAUACUAAAGAGCUUGGUGUAGGUCUUGCAUAUGAAAGCAUUCCAAGAAAAGGAAGUGGUAGAUACACUGGAUUUGGGUACAACAAUGUCUCCUGGUAUUUUGGUGUCAAUGGUGAUGUACUCCGUGCAUGGCACAGUAAUAGUAAAAAAUGGCAAGCUACACUUCCCGCUGGGUGUAACAAAAUUGGGGUGUAUUUGGAUUGGCAGUCUGGCACUUUGUCCUUCUACCAAGUCUCCUCUGACACCUUAAACCACCUGUACACUUUUGAGAACCGAUUCACUGAAGCACUUUACCCAGGUUUCUACAUCUAUGACACAUCCAAUUUUGCUGUGUUCUGCACAGUUUAAGGGGAACUAUAUUAAUUUAUAUGAAUGUGAUGUGUUUACACUAAAGAAGGUAAAAAACAAACAAAGGUCAUAACCAGAUGAUGAAUAUAAAGAUAAAUAUCUUUGAGCUCUUCUUAACCCACUAAAUGGAGCUUUAGACGGGUUAGAGAUAUUAUGAUAUUUUGUGUGACUUAAAUCUAGCCAAAGUCACUUUUUGGUUAUUUCUUAUACAUUUUUUAAGGUCCACAUUUGUGUGACAAUUUUUUCUAUGAUCUUUUUUGCUGCUGUAAACACCAGAAUCUCCCUUCAUGGGACAUCAGAGGGAUUUUUUAUUCUAUUCUAUUCUAUUCUAUUAACAUGGCCUCCUUUUAUUAGAUAUCUACAGUUUUCCAUCCAAGAUCAAGUCACAAGGUUAAAAGGUCAAAGCAAGCAACCCAGAAAUCCCACUGCCUGUUGUAAAACAGUUUUAGAUUUACUUUCAAGAUCAAAUUUUAAGUAAGUGUGUUCUCUAAAGGGAUUGUCAGAGCUUACUGUUUCCAGUCCAAACAUAACGUUGAAAAACAACAAUAACAACAACAAAAAAACAAUAAAAACCCCACAUCCAAAGCUCUGUUGAAACGAGUGAUAAAAAACGCACAGUGUUGAGGUUGGCUCAGAGAAUUGUCUCAAGGGCCUUUCCUCCUGUUAUCUCACUCCAUAUAUCAUUUUGCGUAUUAACUUGAAUUUACAAUAUUACCUCCACAGACUUUUAAGUUUAUUAUUAUAAUUUUUGCCAGGUUCCCUACGCAAUCCUAAAACAGAAGCAGUUAUCUGGACAUAAAGUAAUUUGUAUGAAAACAAUGUUUUGUUGAAUUGACAAACAUCUGCAGAAUAUAAUGAUGACCCUUUAAUAAUUUAUGUAAGCGAAAUAGCCUUAAAUGCAAAGUUUAAAGAGGGUUGUCAAAAAGGUGUUUUCAAUAUUGCCAAAAUUUGUUCAAACUUCAUAUAUACCGUGUACUAUUUUCUGUUUUUUUUUUUUUUUUUCUUUUGUGUAUUUUCUUGUAUUAAUUUCUGCAAUGUGUACGCUUUCUGAUGUUAGGACUUGUGGUUGAAAAAAUUAGAUUUCUCGUAUUUCAUAUAUUGAUUUAUGCAAUUUACUCACUGUAACUUAGUGUAAAAUUUUCACUGAGCCUGUUUCACCUGCAAGGUCACAUAAUUCCCCUGUGUGAGGAUGUUUUUAGACAAGGCAUACCUUGUUCCCAUAACAAGCCAGAUUCUUUCUCAAGGUUUAUUCAGAACAUAUUACUGUUUAACCAAAGUCUCUGUAAUUAAUUUGACUCUGACUAAUUUGCUUUUUUGUAAGGGCCCAGGCAGAACAGGGCUGAUUGCCGAGCAAUAAGGGCCGUAUGAUGAACUGUUCUCUCUUUGCAAAGAUAAAAUAAAAUGCUGACU